AUGGCUUCGCCUCCAUGUAAGAUGACUGCACAGCUUGCUUUCAAGGCUGGUGGCGAUGUAUUUCAUCGCAUAUUUACGAUUAAUCCCCAGCACUUGGUCAGAGCUGCACCCACAAAAAUUCUUGGUUGUAAUAUUCGUCACGGAAGCUUUCAAACUGUUGGAUCAGUCAUCGAAUGGAUCUACUAUCUUGACGGAAAACAGCGAACUUGCCUGCAACUGAUUGAGAGUGUAGACGAGGAGAAGAGGCGGGUCGCCUUUAAGUUCAUCACGGGAGAUUUGUUGCAGCGAUACAAGAACUUUGUUCUCGCCUUUCAGGUGGAGACGAGAGCUGAAAAGGACUAUAUCAUUUGGACUGUCGACUAUGAGCUGCUCGAUGCUGCUCUUCCACACCCGAUUUCUGUUCUUAAGUUUGUCAUUGAAUUGACCGUAGAAAUUGAGGCUCAUAUUUUCGGCUAG